UGGAAAAAAAGAAAAAGAUGUCACCCCGUCGAUCGAAACAGCGAGGCGGAGCCACGAACCGCGGCCGACCGGGAGCCCUGUAACUGGGGGACGAGCUGUACGCAACGCCGAGGCUUGGGAGCCCGACGCUGCGGCCUUCUUGUUCCUCUCUCCUUCCUCCGGAGCUCCUGCUCGGCUAUGACCGCGCGACGUCCCGCUCCUCUUCCGCCGGCACAUUAUCUCCUCUUUUUUAUUUGUUUGCAUGCAAUUUCACCAUUUUUAAAAUUUUAGUCCAGUAGACAUUAAGCAAAUUUUAUUGAAAGAAUGCUCCAUUAAAAAAACAACCAUGGCAUCAAAAGCGUUUUGGCGCCAACGGAAAUUAAUGAAUGACUUAGAGAAGCUGAAUAUCGUCCAAUAAAGCGGACAGGUGCGGAGGAGACUCAGGCCUCAGGUUCCCCCCCCUCCACCCCCCCCCCCCCCCCCUCCACCUCCUCUGGGAGCCGCUGAGGUUCAAGAUGGACACCUCCUGGAGUAACUUCCUCUUUCAGACUCCGGCCCAGGAGGCUCCUCCCCUUCAGUCCGAUCUGCUCUCCGGUUCGGCUCCUUCGGCCGAUCACGUCGUCACGCCGCCGUCCACCGUGGACACGGCCGCGCUGAGCGAGGAGCCGCUUCCUGUCAAGCUGCAGGUGAAGCCCGGCCGCCCCGCCCACAUCUGCUCCACCUGCAACAAGGAGUUCAAGAACAGCUACAACCUGCGGCGCCACCAGUCGGUGCACACGGGCAUCAAGAUGAAGGACCGCGCCGCCCGCGAGAAGGAGGACGGAGGCCGAGGGGGUCGGGUGGAGAAGCAGACCGUCCCGCUGUCUCUCCUCCACCUCGCUCUGCCACCUCCUCCUUCUCCUGCCGCCCCGGAGCCCCGCCCCCAGCACGCCAACCAGGAGGGCCAGCUGCGCUCCGUGUCCGUCGCCCUGGGUAACGCCGUCACGGCCGCAGCGCCUCCGCCCACCCAGGCGGCGGCGGUGGUGGUGGUGGUGGGCUCCGUGGAGCAGAACCCGCCCCCCCACCCGGUGAGGAAGAACCACGCCUGCGAGGCGUGCGGGAAGGCCUUCCGGGACGUGUACCACCUGAACCGCCACCGCCUGUCGCACUCUGACGAGAAGCCGUACUGCUGCCCCGUGUGCCAGCAGCGCUUCAAGAGGAAGGACCGCAUGAGCUACCACGUGCGCUCGCACCAGGGCGGCGUGGAGAAACCCUACGUGUGUCCGCACUGCGCCAAGGCCUUCUCUCGGCCGGACCACCUCAGCAGUCACGUCCGACAGGUGCACUCCACAGAGAGACCCUUCAAGUGCACGACGUGCACGUCGGCGUUCGCCACGCGGGAUCGUCUCCGCGCUCACCUGAUCCGCCAUGAGGAGAAGGUACCGUGUCACAUCUGUGGGAAGCUGCUGUCGGCCGCCUACAUCACCGACCACAUGAGGGUCCACAACCAGGCGCAGCACCACGCCUGCCACCUCUGCAACCGCAGCUUCACCACGCUCACAUACCUGAGGGUCCACGCUCAGAAGCACCACGGCCAGGAGUGGAAGGAGAGCGGGGGGGCUCGGGGGGGCUUCGGCGGGGCGGGGGCUGGCGGCGUGCUGCUCUGCCAGCUGUGCGGCGUGCAGUGCAAAACGGCCACGCAGCUGCAGGGUCACAUGGGCACCCACGCCCAGCAGGGCGAGACGGGCCCGGACCCCGAGGCCGGCGCCGUGUCCAGCGCCAGCGCGGUGGGACUGCUGGCAGCGGACUGCUCCGGCAUCGGGCCCCCGGCCCACAGCGAGCACGCUGGGGGGCGAUGACAUCAUCCAGCCAUACCACGGACUGAGAGAAGCCUCCUUCACCUCCGUCAGCAGGGAACACACACACACACACACACAGACACACACACAGACACACACACACACACACACACACACA